AUGGAAAAGGUCGAGCGGCUUGUGCGAACGUGGAUAGCAUCGGAGCGGGAAGAGGAAGUACAGACAAUUAUAUCAGAAAUUGCUGCAGGGAAUGUUACGCUCCUUCAGAUUGUGAAAGCUCUUGGUGAAUAUCUCACCGCGGAUGAGGACGAUUUACGGACCAAGGGUGUUGAAUUCUUGUCACUCGUGCUUGGACGAUGUCCGCCUGAGAAGCUAAACCGUCAUUCGGUGCGCGUGCUGGUAACCUUUUACUGCGGCAAGCUUGAGGACACGGAGACAAUCAUCCCUGCACUGAAGGGGCUUCUCUCUCUGACCUCAAUGCCUCUGUUCGCCUCGAACGAUGCGGUGGAGGUGAUGAAGGCACUCGUAAAGCAUGUCAAGAUGAAGGCGCUCAUACAGUCUCAGCGAUUUAUGGUCUUCACUAUCCUCGAUACACUUGUCGCCCGUCAUCGCGAUGCAAUGAAAGGAAUGGGAAAUGAGUUCUUGUCCGGCUAUAUCUCGCUAGCCGAAGGCGAGAAAGAUCCGCGCAACCUGUUGCUGGCCUUCUCCAUCGCCCGUGUUAUACUCAUCGAAUUCGAUACUGCUUCCCAUGUAGAGGAUUUCUUCAAUAUCACCUUCUGCUAUUUCCCCAUCACAUUCAGACCUCCACCAGACGACCCAUACGGCAUUAUUACCGAUGAUCUUAAGACGGCUCUUCGAGGCUGUCUCAACGCGACCCCGGCAUUUGGACCCUUGGCCAUCCCACUUCUCUUGGAAAAGCUGAUGGCAGGAACGCCCGUGACAAAAAGAGAUACGCUGCAGGCGUUUGAUUUGGGAUUGCCGGUAUACGGACCUGCCGUUGCACGUAACUUUGCUCGCAAAAUGUGGAACUCCCUCAAGCUUGAAAUCUUCCAACCCACAGACACCGAAACUGAACAAGCGGCUCUUAAGACGACGCAAAUUCUCGUCCAAACCAUCUACGCCGCGGACGACACAGAAGACAAAUCUGGAGAAGAUAUUGAAGGUCUCGCAAAGGAGGCUUGUGAAGAAUGCAUACAGAUCCUUCGCGAGCCAGAGAAGAGCCAGGCGCAGCCAGCUAUCAAAGUAAUAUGCGCGUUCAUGUCCACAACCCCAUCCGUUGCACGCUUCACUCUCUCUCGAGCUGCGCCACACCUUGUUCGGCUAUUCCUCAACCCAGACGAAGUUGCCAAUCGGGCACCAGUACUCAGACUGCUGUCAGACCUCAUAAAAGCGGCUCGUGAUUCUAUGUCAAGAGACCCCGAAGUUCUACCUACAGAAGGAGAUACUCCACUCUCUCCGUUCAAGGACGAGAUUAUCGGUGUUCUUACUGUUGGGCUGAAGACGGCAUCCUCUUCUCAACCCGCGUUAGGUGGACUCAAGGAGAUGGUCCUGACUCCCGGUUUGCUGACUGACGAGGAGCUGGGGUUCGUGGUACACAACGUUAACGAGUUGCUGCAGAAGGAGGGGGAGGAGGGGGAUGAAAUCAGUGAACCCGCACUGGACCUGCUCUCAACCAUCUCCCUGUCGGCACCCUGGCAUGUGUCACAAACGACACUCCCCCUCCUCUUCGGCUCUCUUCCUGACAAAGCACCACCACGCGAUGCCGAAGCGGAGCGGAUCAAGUACUGGCGUACGCUGGCGUCGCUCGAGCAGCUGUGCAAGCAACCUGAUCUGUUCGAGACGCUCGUCGUCCGACUGUCAACUAAGCUCGACCUCGUGUGCGUGCCGCCCGCCGAGCCAGAGCAGGACACCGAGCCCAGCGCUGCAUACGCACACUCGUUGCUGCGGACUCUCGUCGACGUGCUUGCGGCCAAGGUGGAUUUGGCCCACACCGAUGUGGUGAAGUACAUCGAUCGCCUCGUCCCGCGCUUAUACAACCUUUUCAUCUACUCCGCCCUCGUGUCAAACAGCGAGAGCAUGGUGGCAACCGACCCACGACUGGUUUCGGUCGCUGCACGUGUCAUUACCCUGGUUGUGCAGACGCUUCCUUCUCAGAGGCAAGAAGCUUUCACUGCGGUCCUGUUUGCAGGAUAUCUGCAUGGAGAUAUUAAGCGACUCGCGGAAGGUCAGCAGAAAAUCCCCUCAGAUAGGUUGUUCGAUCCGUUCAAUGCUGGCGCGUCCCCUGCGCAGAAGAAUCUUUUGGCACUUUUCUCCUCAGCGAUUGUUGCUCUACACAAAGAGGUGCAACUUCCGAUCCCCGACGAAUGCGCCUUCCUAGACACGUUGCUCCAAUGGAUCGGGGAGCACGCGAACAAUGCCCUGCAGAAGGAUGCGAUCACGCACUCAGUUGCAUCGAUUAUCAACAAGAGAGCGGAAGGUUUAUCGACGUUCCUGUCGGAGAAAUUGGACGCUUUCUGGGCAGCGCAAAUCGCCGAGAGCAGUAACUCAGCGGAGAGGCGUCGACAGGCAAUCCUGGUCUGGUCUUGGAUGACCAAGGCGCUUCUAAUGAGAGGCCAUCCAUCGGCGAUGCGCAACACGGACCGCCUAUUCGAGUUGUUUGGCGAUACAGAGAUCCACUGGGAUGCAGCGAAAGCGAUUGGCAAGAUCGUGGGUGCGGAUAAAGUGCUGACAAGGAGGAACCACGCAGUCGUCAAGAUUCUGUUCGCGCAGCGGUUCUGCACCUCCGUCUUGCCUCGCAUCGUCGCGGGGGCGAAAUCAGCAGAACAGCCGAGCCAGCAGACCGCCUACCUAGUGGCUCUCACGUCCCUGAUUAAAGCAGUACCCAAGUCAACGUAUUCACACGAGAUGCCUACGCUCAUGCCCCUCCUGUUGCGCGGGCUCGACCUACCAGAUGCCGAGAUCCGCUCGAACGUCAUCGACACACUUCUCGCAGCUGCGCAGUCGGGUGCGAAGGAGACAGAAAGCAGUAUCGUGUCCGAGCAUGCGGCGAGUCUCGUAUCAACGAUGCUCCGGAAUAGCAUGGUGCACGAGACGGCUUCUGUGCGCGUACGUAUCGCGGCUCUGCGAUACCUGGCGAUCCUGCCGAACAUCGUGCGGUACGACGUGCUGCACCCCCAGAAGGCGCUCGUGCUGCGAGAGCUGGCCAAGGUACUUGACGACCCCAAGAGAGCUGUGCGGAAGGAGGCGGUGGAAGCGAGGACAAAUUGGUUCAAGUUCAGUGGUUGA